AAGUCUUCUACAGCCAUUUCUAAAUGUAUGAUCAUGGGUGCUGCAGGAUCAACAGUAUACUACAACCUGAGACUUAGGCACCCAACAUUAGACAUGCCCCUCAUUGAUUAUGACCUGGCAUUGCUCUUCCAACCCAUGCUCAUGUUAGGAAUCAGCAUAGGAGUUGCCUUCAAUAUUAUAUUUGCUGACUGGAUGGUCACAGUUCUUCUUAUUAUCCUCUUCAUUGGAACAUCAACUAAAGCUUUGUUCAAAGGAGUAGAUACAUGGAAGAAAGAGACAAUAAUGAAGAAGGAAGCAAAGAGGCAGAUGGAAUCAGAGCCAAAACCAGGUGAUGGAGCUGCACAUGAUUAUAAACCUCUACCAAGUGGUCCUGCUUCAAUUCCAGAUGAUGAGGUUCCAUUGCUACAAAACAUUUACUGGAAAGAGUUGGCAUUGCUCAUUUAUGUUUGGUUGGGAUUUCUUGUUGUUCAAAUUCUUAAGGAAUAUGUUGAGACCUGCUCCGUCACAUACUGGAUUUUAAGCUCCUUGCAGGUACCAAUUGCAGCAUCUGUUACAAUCUUUGAAGCCAUAAGCUUAUGCAAGGGGACGAAAGUGAUAGCAUCCAGGGGAAAGGAAAUUACAAAUUGGAAGAUGCAUAUGAUUUUCCUCUACUGUUGUUGUGGAAUAGUAGCUGGUAUGGUUGGUGGACUGCUUGGACUAGGCGGCGGCUUCAUCCUAGGACCUCUUUUUCUCGAAUUAGGGAUACCUCCUCAGGUAGCCAGUGCAACAUCAACUUUUUCAAUGGCAUUCUCAGCUUCAAUGUCAGUUGUACAAUACUACCUCCUCAAUCGUUUUCCAGUCUCAUAUGCUACCUAUUUCACCUUAAUAGCCACCAUUGCUGCCUUCACCGGUCAGCAUAUCAUCAGAAAAAUUAUUGCAAUCAUCGGAAGGACAUCAAUUAUCAUUUUCAUACUGGCUUUGACCAUCUUUGUUAGUGCUAUCAGUUUAGGUGGAGUGGGUAUAGCUGACAUGGUGGAGAAGCUGAUGAAUGAAGAGUACAUGGGAUUCGAAAACCUCUGCAUCCGGUCUUAACAAUGUUGGGCAUGGCAUUGUCUUGCAAUUUCUUGCCAGAGCUACCAUGUGCGCUACAUUCAGCUGCGAAAGACCUAUUCGUUGAUCAUUUUCAACUGAAUGUCGUGGGUUACAUAAGUUUUUGGGCAUUAAAUUAUUGUAUUUCUCCAUGCUGAAGCUUCUUCAGCAAAGAUUCAAAAAGUUGUUUUUGUUUUGUGUCAUUUUCUCCAUGAUUAAUUAUGUAAGAAAAUUAUUCGGUCGAAUAAUAGAAGAUAUUUCAAAAACUCGGAGCUCUAUGUUCCUUCUAUUCUACUUUCAGUUGCAUUGAAUCAGAAAACCGGUUCUACUGUAUGUGACUUUUGGGAGGAAAUCCAUCAGGACAGAAUAACUAUUAAUCCUAACACAUUGCCGCGAGAGAAGAGCUUGAAUGUGGGAGCCGAAAUAAGAAGGGCUUGAGUGUGCUUUCCUUCGAGAGAAUAACUAUUAAUCCUAAGAAUCAAACACCUCGCCGAUCUAAAACCAACAUAUAGCAAUCGAAAUCUAACGUGCUAACCCUAACAUACAUGCAUUUGAUGAUUUUAUAGAGAAUGUGCAAGUUCGUUGAAUUGUAAGUCAACGAGAAUAUCCAUCUAUU